GAAAAGUUAAAAGAAAACGGGUUUUCUGUCUGUCUUCCGUUCUCAACGGCUCCGGCGAGUAGGAUUAAUUGAAACGUCAUACUGAAAUGUACGAGUCAGAAAAACAAUUCUUAUCAGGUGGAAAGUGAAACCGCAACCUUGCCAAUCAAUCGUAUCGUGAACUUGUGUUAUACCCGGCGAUUCUGUUUACUUGAUCAAUCGAAUUCCUACCAGCCGCGAAAUGCUUCGCGUUGAUAGUUGUGAAUUCAUGAAUUUAAAAAUAGAUUGCAAAUUCUAACCGGCGACGCGAAGGCUUCGAUGUAUGGAAUCGACAAAAGUCGGCCUUAAAUUUGUGUAAGAAAUCGACCUACGCUGACAAUAAAAGUACACCUACGCGUUGCUAGUGCGAACUGCGUCGUCCCGGACACAAAACACUACGAUGAGAACUAAUAACGAGACUAGACAAAAUCCUCAAGUCGGCAGUUACUUGUUUACUGUCGCAUACGUAUUUAUAUAAGUAAAAAAAUUAUAUUCCCUUUAAUGUUGUUUUACAUAUUCGAAGCCCUGAAAGUGAAGUGUUAUGAAGUGAUGUUUUGUUAUAGUAUAAAUAAACAUACGUAACUAUUUCUUCAGUCAAGGUUGCAGCUAAAACUUGGAUGGCUUUUUUAUCAUACAGAUACACAUAUACAUGAUAUAAAGGAAUGAAGUCUCAGAUUGUAGAUAAGAAAUGAAUAACCAUUUAUUAUAAAAGAGAUAACAGAAAUCAUUCAAAAUAAAGAAAUCAACUUCAUUACUCUGCUAUAAAACAAUGGAUGAAAGUGAUGUUAUUGUAUCUUCCACAGAAAUUAUAAAAGAUAGAUUGUACUUCGCCACAUUAAAAACUGGAUAUAAACCGAAACCUACCAGAAACAGCAAAUACUUCCAUAUCGAAGAUGAGAUCGUGUACGAAAACUUCUACUUCGACUUCGGACCCUAUCAUCUCUGCCAUCUGUACCAGUUCUGCAAGAAACUCAACGAGGAGUUGGACAAGAACCCGAAGAAGAAGAUCGUGUUCUAUACGAGUGAAAACGAAACGCUCAGACUCAACGCGGCGUAUCUUAUCGGGAGCUAUCAGAUAAUAUAUCUCAAUGGCAGCGGGGCAGCAGUGUACAAACAACUCACCGAUGGCUCCGAGUGGACCCUGCUUACGUUCCGGGAUGCAUCCGGCGGGCCGCCACUGUUUGACAUUUCGCUACUAGACGUACUGCACGGCGUGAAAGUGGCACACGACGCUGGUUUCUUUGAUUUUGAACACUUCGAUGCAGAGCAGUAUUUGUUUUAUGAGAAAGUUGAAAACGGCGACCUAAACUGGAUAGUGCCCGGUAAAAUGUUGGCGUUCUCCGGCCCUCACCACCGGUCGCGUCUCGACAGAGGCUACCCCCUCCACAGCCCGGAGCACUACCACGAGUACUUCCGCACUCAUCACGUCACCACCAUCGUACGACUGAACAAGAAGUCGUAUGACGCCCGACAGUUCACAUCGCACGGUUUUGAACACAGGGAACUGUUCUUCGUGGACGGGUCGGUGCCGUCCGAUUUGAUCGUCAAUAGGUUUAUAAAAAUCUCGGAGGCAGCUAAAGGUGCUGUUGCAGUGCACUGUAAAGCGGGUCUGGGCCGGACGGGAACACUGAUCGCAUGUUACAUGAUGAAGCAUCACGGGUUCACUGCGCGCGAGGCGAUCGCCUGGUUGCGCAUCUGUAGACCCGGCUCCGUCAUUGGACAUCAACAGUGGUUUCUCGAGAACGCGCAGCCCCGCAUGCUUGCGGAGGGCGAAGCAUACCGUCGGCGACAUAACAUCGCCUCGCCGCCCGUGUUCACGCGAGGCAUCUACAGCGACCUGCCACCUGAACCGCCACCAGCGCGCGAUAAGCCCGUGUCGCUGCAGACCAUACUCAAUAAUACCAAGAAUUCACCCAACAGGAUAAAGUCCGAGCUUGACAACGGAAACAUCUUGAACGCUAACGAAACAGAUUCAGAAAACAAUGUGACCACAGUAAUUGGGAAGUACAAGACCACGCCGACUCCGAUGUUACCCACGAAAACUGUGUUCACGCCCAAAUUGAACUAUAUGAUGCCAACUAACAAUAUCAGGAAUGCCAACAACACAAACCUGAAGCCACAGCCGAGGAUCAUCAACUCGACUUUGAAGUCGUACGCCGCUAAGACGUCGACCUUUCCGCCAACUAGAAGUGCCAACUCGCAAGCCAACAAAUUGAAUAGUGUCAAACCAUUCACAGGUAAAAGCAGUUUCCACGGGCAGCGCGCCAACCUUGCCCGUCCUGCUAUAGGCUACACUCAUGGAACGAGUCCGCUCAAAACAUUCACACGUAAAACGGUAAGCGUCAGCAAAAUUUCUACCAACGAUACUUCCGUAGCCAACACGGUCAGCAACGUCACCUCAACGCUGUCCGCCCUCACGGAGAACUGUCACCUCAACGGCAAAAACCGGCUUCCCUCCGAACCUAACCUCAAAAGUGUCACUCAGUCCAAAAACAACACAACUAAUAUACCACGUAAAAAACUAAUAGUCCGAUCCAAUUCAAAUUCACGCAAGAAACUACCCAAAAAUAACCUCCCCAAGAGUGGCCUUGAGUCCACUCAGGACCUGUCUUCCAGCGAUACAAAUGUUACCAACAUAUCUGCAGAUUCUCUCGAAAUACCAUUUAGGUUUAGACGGAAAAGAGACAAAUCCAACAGUCCCGAACCAAUGGACUGUAUAUCGAACUCUGUGAUUACCGCCGACGUAACUCCAGACAAUUACGAAGAAACGAACAACUCGCAAGGCAAUAAGCUCUACAAAAUAAAAGCGUUAAGAAAAAAAUGCCCCGCCUUUGGCGUCAGCCUCUUGAAGAAAGACGGCAUCCAAACUCGAUCGAGUAGUUGCGCCAGUAAUUCCACUGUUAAGAAAAAAUGAUCCCUAAUGACCGAGUCGGUUAGUUCUAGUUUACGUUUGCACAUAUAGAGAUUCUAUGUGUUUUGUUGUGCAUAGCACAUAAUGUUGUAUACAUGUUGAUAAAUUUGUUUAAAUGUGAACAAUAGUGAAAUAAUUUUGUAAACUAUCGACUGAAUUUUUAUUGGACUCAUAUCAAACUAAUAUUGUGCAUUAAAAGACAUUGUUUGAACAAAUUUAUCAACUUUUAGACGUGAUAGAACGUGUAUAUGUUGUGAACCCCAUGACAAGAUAAGCCUAAAUGUUCAUAACCUCACAGAUCUAAAACUACACUAAAUAUAUACGUUUAGGGAUAGAUCGGUUGAUUGCCUAAUGUGUUUAAUUAUACUUUAUGUUACUUUAAAGUGCAAUUGUUGAACUAUUUGUAUGUUUGUUUAUCGCCUACAUAUGAAUCUCAUCUAUUAAUAUACAUGCAUAAUUUAUAAAACACUUGUCAAACAAUAGUAGUUUCUUUUUACACAUAUUAAUUAUUGUAUAAUAUAUUGAUGUGAUUUAUACAAUAUAUCAUAGAUAUACGAUAGAAGUCUAUAUUGAAUUAUUACUACUAAUUUUGGUUGUUUAUAAUAUCGGUGUGAUAUUUAAUAACAUAGUUGACUCCAUAUGAAAAUAUAAUUACUUAAAGAAACUUAUAUGUGAAGAUAGGAAGUUUAAAGUAAUUUAAAACCUUCAUAUGAAAUUGGGGCAUUAACAGAAACAUAAAUACU